AUGUCAGGCGUUCCCGGCGAACUAUGGAAUGCGAAUGAGGCUUCCCAGCUGCAGACAGAUGCAUCUUUGCCAUCCCGUCCGCCAGAGCCUGCUACACAUGACGCUAUGGCCACGGCGGUCGCCGAUUCUUUGAGCGAGAAACCGCUGCAUGAUUAUAUUCGGCAACUGUCCAGAGCUGUUGUGGCAUACCAGAAUUUUGAGAAGCGAGAGAGCGAGAUGCGGAGAAAUCAGCAUCUGUUGCACUCGCGAGACACGAGCAAGGUUCCCGCUGUGCUCCUGGAUGCUGUCAAGAAGCGCCUCGAGGCAAACGAGACAGACAUUGCAGAAAGUUCUCGAGAAUUUUUGCGGGUCGCGAGGCGCGUGCAACUGCCACCUCAACUAGAGAAAGCCCUGUCGCAAAGCGAUCAGUCUGACAUGCACACACACAUAUUGGACGCAGUCUCUGAUCUGAAGGCCCACGUCGCCGAGGUGAAGGCGCGCCUGGACUCCGCGCAUCCCAAUGUGGUAUGCGGGAGUCGAUCCACGGAGGAAGAAGAGGAAGGAGAGAUUAGCGAACACCGGUCGGACGUACCUAUGGAUGUUGUCGAGGGUAGGGAAGAACAUCAUGGCCGUGCUGUUCCUCCUGAGAAAGACGCGGAGGAAUUCAAGCGCAAGGUGAUACAACGCCUGAAGACGCUCGCGGAAGACCUCGCGAAGGUAGGGAGCCAGCUCUACCAGGAAAGGAACGACGAUCAGGACAAGGCCAAUGCAUACAUAGAAAACAAAGUGAAGGAGCUUAACUUGCAGUCCUCACGCGCAGAGGAGAGCUCCGCACAAUCUCAAGGCCGCUUGGAGCAGCUUGAGACGAGCUUAACCGCCGCCAGCGAGGAGAUUCGCGCCUUGAGAGAGGACGCUGCGGCGGUCAGGGCGCGCGCGGAGGCGGCAGAGUCUGAAAGUGACCUACUGAGACAAGAAAAUGCAAUCAUACAGGAAAACAAUGGGUAUCUGGAAAAGCAACUGCGUGAGGUAAGUGUGACAGCCUUUGCAUUACGCAUGAUGAUUCACACGGCCAGCACCAUGCAAGAGGAAAUUCAAGACCUGAGCACAGCCGUCGCUCUGCUAGCGACCAAGCAGCAAGCUCCGCCUCCUGAUCCCAAACGAAUAGCAGAAGCAAUUUUGCCCUACGCCAGAGAGGCAAUCCGUGAAGAAGUGGCGACACGAAUUGAGAGGGCAGUAGAAGAGAUCCAGCAAACGUUGCAGAACGAAAGGCAAGAUGCGGUGAACUGUAUCAUGCCGAAGCUCAACCUCACCAUUGAAUGUGGAGAGAUUUUAACGAGGGCCAUGAGAAUGAAGGGUGUAAAUGAUGAGUCAGUAUAG